UAUUUUAUUUCCUCCAAAGAUUUUGGGCCAGGGUUGAUGUGAAUUGUAACCCCGCUUAUCCAGGGAGCAUCAGAUUUGAUUUACAGGCAUAUGAUGGCAAGCUCCCAGAGAUCUCAUGUGUUCCAAAAUGCAAACAUACCACUUUUCAGCCAAUCCUAAAAGAAAGAAAAUUGCCGUUCCUGAUGCCUGACAAUACAUUCCUGGAUAAUAAAGGAAAAUUAUUUGAAAGUCAACCAUUUAUGAAUAGUUCGAAAAAUGCAGUUUUAAAGACAAAAAGAAUUAAGCAAGAUUGUGUAUCUGCAUAUGGCUUGAGCGACUCCAUUGAAAAUACUGCAAUGCCACGUCUUUCUCAGGGUAUGGAGAAAUGUCCUGCAAUACCAAACCCCUUUCCUGUUGUACAAAAGACACAAAGUGGUGCUAAUCAAUUUCCAAACAGCUCUGAUAGUAAUAAAGAUUCCCGUUUGCCACCUUUACACUUGCUUCCAUCUACUCUACCCCAACGUAUUUUUGAAGGCUACUACAAAAGCAGGGGAAAUAUUGCCGCGAGAAACACAGACAGAAAAGGAAUGCCUUGGAUAAAAGCACCCCUGAAGAAUUCUGAACUACACUGUGGAUCUGGAGAGUUGGGCGCUGUAAGGUUGAAGAAAUACAAUCGGUGUUCCAGCCUGAUUUCAUUUCCAGAAGGGUCCAAGUUCAGGACUGGUUACCGUUUUCCUGAUCCCGUCAUUGGAGCCCCACCUCAAUUCCUUCAGAGGCUUGCUGAAUUGGCUGCUUUGGAACAUGAAACGAUUCAUCAAGAGAAAAGCAGUAAAAUAAGGAAGACCAAGAAACAGGAGACAUAG